AUGGACAACUUCAGCAUUUCUUCUAAUACAUUCGGAAAUAAUGUCCGAAUUCAUCAAGGAGAUAUCAUCAAUUACGCUUCUGAAUCACCCCAAAGCAAGUCCGACGCAUGUCGAAAUGCGCUCUUUCUUGCAGACCCAAUUGUUGAUCGUGAUACGCUCAAACGUAUAAAAGGUCGAAGGACUGCAGGCACAUGCGAAUGGAUUAGAAAUGAUGAAACCUACCAAUCCUGGCUUGACGGCGACGUGCAAUGUCUCUGGAUUACUGGCGGCCCUGGCAAGGGGAAAACAAUGCUCUCAAUCUUUCUAACUGAAGAACUUGAAAAGCGCACCCAAGAAAGCAAAACCAUAGAACUUCUGAUAUUCUUUUUUUGUACUCCAGAUGAGAAACACAGUAGUGCUGUGGCUAUUCUUAGAGGCCUGGCAUACCAGCUGAUUAGAAAGCGCCCAGACUUGGUCAGCUAUAUCAUUUCAGAUUUUGAAAGUGCCGGGAAGACUCAAGAGACACUACAUUCUCCGAACGCUCUCUGGAUGGUUUUGGAAAAGCUCCUGGAAGCUCCCGACCUUGGAACAGUCUUUUGCGUGCUCGAUGGACUUGACGAGUGCGACGAGGAGUCAUCAAGCCUACUAGUUGACAAGUUUUACGAAUACUUCUUGGAAAGUUCAGAGCCAAGCAAUGUACAGUUCAAAUUAGCGGUUGUUAGCCGAAAGAUUGACCUAUUGGAUGCCUUCCCCCAAGUGAAGUUGGAUCCUGACAAUGACAACUAUGUCAAUGACGACAUUCAAGCUUUCAUUCGCAACAGUGUUCAAAGGCUGGAAAGAAUACGAGGCUUCAAUAAUAUUCGCGAGAGUAUCCAGACCACUCUUCUAGAUCGAGCCCAAGGCACAUUCCUAUGGGUCGGCUUUGUCAUGGCAGAACUGUCGAGAAAAAGGACCUGUACCCAGAUCAUGGAAACUCUAGAGGGUAUUCCUCGAGGGUUACAUGGAGUUUACAGCCGAAUGUUGUCACAGAUUGAAUCCAGUCGACGAUCAGUCGUCCUUGACAUUUUACAAUGGGUUACAUUGGCCGUUCGGCCUCUGACUGUAUCUGAACUGAGCGAAGCUAUCCAUCUGCCGCCUACAGCGAAAAUUAGCAAAGAACAGGCCGUUCUCGAUUACAUCACUCUAUGCGGGCAUAUUCUCAUAAUCCAUGAUCAGCAAGUCAGCCUUGUUCACCAAUCAGCGAGGGAUUACUUAUUACAAAGUGAGACUGAUAGCGACCCAACGCUCAAGGAGUUUCAUAUUCAAGUGGAACAUGCGCAUGCUACUGUAGCAGAAGUAUGUCUUGACUGUAUUGAGAAGAGCGACUUACGCAAUACAGCUCUGGAUAUAAAGAAUCCCUCAGUCCUACAGAAAUCGCCUCUAUUACAAUACGCUGCAAUGCACUGGCCAGAACAUGCAAGUUGCUGUUCAGAUGCGAAUGAUAAGAAUCCGUUGAGGCUUUCAAGACCAUUUCUCCAGGAGACUUCCAGUAUGCGGAACCACUGGUGGCAGACUUACAACAAAGAGACCUCUACGCAGAUAUUCCUCAACGCCUUCCAUCUGCCUUUGUUACAUAUGACUUCUUAUUUUGGAAUAUAUGUAUUGGCUCGGGAGCUGCUUAUGACUAAUACUUUGCUCCGGACACCUCCAGCAGUAAAUGAGACGUUGAAUGGCUGGUUCGAGACUACACCGCUCCACCUAGCUGUUCGCAGAGGCCACACAGCUGUUGUGCAGCUUCUUCUCGCAAAUGGCGCGGGUGGUGGAUAUAAGGCGCUGCGACAUGCUGCUUCCAAAGGCAAUACGGUUAUUGUAGAGCUACUGCUUGCAGACGGCACUGAUGGUAAAGAUGAGGCGCUGAGGCAGGCUGCUUACGGAGGCCACAUGGCUACUAUCCAGCUACUUCUCGCAAAGGGCGCGGGUGGUAAAGAUGAGGCGCUGAGGCAGGCUACUUACGGAGGCCACAUGGCUGCUAUCCAGCUACUUCUUGCAAAUGGUGCGGGUGGAAAAGAUGAGGCGUUGGUAGAAGCUACCUUCACAGGCCGCAUGGAUAUUGUAGAGCUACUGCUUGCAAAUGGCGCUGGUGUAAAAGAUGAGGCGUUGGUAGAAGCUACCUCCACAGGCCGCAUGGAUAUUGUACAGCUACUGCUUGCAAAUGGCGCUGGUGGUAAAGAUAAGGCGCUGAGGCAGGCUGCCCGGAAAGGCCACAUGGCUAUUGUAAAGCUACUGCUUGCAAAUGGCGCGGGUGGUAAAAAUAAGGCGCUGCAUAGUGCUAGGCUCAGAGGCUUUACAGAGAUUGUGCAGCUAUUGAUGAACAGGAAUCAGGAGUAG